AUGGACGCUGCAUUGCUGGCUGUUCUCAUGGAGCAUCACAACAAUGGUGAUCAUGCCCAAAAUGGUUGGAAGCCACGUGUCUACAAUGCUGCUAUAAGGAAUGUACCUGAGAAGUGUAAUGUGGAGAUCACAAAGGAAAAUAUAGCAUCAAGGUUCAAAACUUUUGACAAGCACUGUGAGGUCAUUAGCAAGAUUCUUUCUCAGAGCGGCUUUGGCUGGGAUUGGGUUAAUGAUAAGCUGUUAAUUGAUAGUGAUGAUGUUUGGAAUAAAUAUGUGGAGGCUAACAAGUCAGCAGCUUGCUACAAGAACAAAGUAGGGAAGAAUUGGUAUGCAAUCAGUACCAUUUAUUCAAAAGAUCAUGCCAAUGGUCAAGAUGCUCAGACAGGUGCUGAGAGUGCUCAAGUUCUACCUGAACAAGUUGAUGAUGCAUUACCAGAUUUGCCCCAAAAGAAGCAGCGAACUGGUGAGACCAUUCUAUCUAUACUAGGAGAUAUGAAGACCUCAUUCAAUGAUUCUUUGAAGUCCACCGAACCACUGUCGAUGCCUAGUGUUACUUCUCCUGCUGAGAUCCUUGCAACACUUCAAAUGGUACCUGAUUUGGCUAGAUCUGACAUGCUAUAA